CAUCUCUGCGCCUUGCCGCUCCAAAUCCAGUUCCAGGACGACCGUGCAACGCAUGCCUCCCCUCAUUCUCUUCUCCUCCUCUGGCAACUGCGCAAGGGCUGGGUUUUGCGGCGGCGGCGGCCACAAGGCAACGAGCUGAGGUGGGGCGUCGUGAAUCCUCCGGGCGGCCCCUUCAACUCUUCCUCUCGCCCAGCCGUCCAGGGCUCAGCGCCGCCGAGGCUCCGCCGCUGCCGACGUCGACAGCCCCACCGGCUCCCCCAGCCUACUCCCCGCUUCGCCGCCACGCCAUCUUCCUCCCCUUCUGCUGCCGGUGCUGCGUGGGCUCGGCACCUUCUCCGGCAGGGACUAGGCUAGAGCCCAGCAUAGCUCCUUCGGCCGCCGGAGGAGCUCCUCUGCAACCUCCUAACUCCGGCCGCUGCACAAGGUGAACUCGAUGCUCCGCAGCUUCCCUCAGGCCCGUAGGCUCCUCAGGAGGAUGGGGUUCGAGAAGGGGGACGCCUACUUCUUUAAGCAGAUGGGUAAGGGCAUGCUCUGCACAUACGCACUUUUCGGCGCCGCGUGGUUCUGGAAUGAGACGUCGCCGCUUGGCUGGUGGACGCUCAAGCCACGUCCCAAGGAAGAAAAAGAAAUGGCACAUCUCUAUGAGCGCAGGGAGUUCCCCUAUCCUGGUGAUGAAGAGGCAGUUGAGGAGUUCAUAAAAAGUGGAGGUGCUCUAGGUACCACGAUUGGACCCAAAGGUUUUGCUGAUGCAAACAUGGACUCUGAUAACAUGCAAAAGCAAUUGCAGUCAAAAAAGUUUGACCAGGAAGCACAAAAGCUCUGGUUUCGGAUGAGGAAUGAGGUUGUACAGGAACUCCAAGAGAAAGGAUUUGAUGUUGAAUGAAGUUUUUACUCCAACAGAAGGGGAAAGGGUGCCAUGCUGAUGUCAUCUUUAGACACUUUCAGGUUGCUAGUUGACACAGCAGUUUAUAACUUAGAAAAUGCAGUCAUCGAGAGAGAACAGAAAACCUAGAAUAAAUGCAGUUUAUGCAGAAUCUACAUGGUUUCCUCUUUCCUGUCAAUACCAAUCUUGUUGGCUUGUUAUAUUUCUUCUGCUAUUGAGUUUUGAUCAUUAAGACACCCGAUGAACCAGUUGUUAAGACCUUGUUUUCUGUUGUUUAUAAAUUUAACAUUGUUUGAUA